UGCAAUCCCUGAACGAUCUUGUUGAGUCCAUGCAAGUGGAGAUUCAAUAUCUUAAGGAAGCACCUCGCAUUGAUCCAAUAGCCGAAGAACGAGUUUCAAAGAAGCGGAAGCUGCGACCUCCAGCUACAUUGGCUGUGUCACCGCCACCGGAACAAGCGCCUCGUUAUCAAGGAUUAACGAGCGCUGAAUACAGCCUUAAGCUCACCAGCCUGGAGCUGGCACAGUUACAGGACCCUACUUCGACGAGGUCACCAAAUCUAGACGCUUGUUUCGAUGGCGAAGGAAAUGCUGCAAACAAGGGUCCUCAAACCGGGAUUCAAGUUUCACAUGGAGACCAUUCCAGGUUGGAACAUGUGUCUGUUCAAGUCUUCACCGAAAUCUCACAUUCACGCGCACGGGAGCUUGUGGUCCUGUAUUCCGAAGCUGUGGGGUCAUUGCAUCCCGUUGUGGACAUCUCGGUAGUGCUUGACUGUGCGGAUGGACUAUAUGCGCAGUUAAAGGAACGUGGGAAGAACUCAAGUAGACUGACAGGUCGUUAUGAUGUGAUUGUUAUUCGUCUCAUCCUAGCCAUUGCCCUGCUGUCAGAGCAAAAUCAGAGCGCCAAAUUGAUCGAGAAUUGCUAUGAAGGAGUGGAGCACGAACUGAACCGUAUUCUUUGCUCUGAGACCGUUAGUCUGCGAGGAGUCACUUUAGUCCUGCUUGGAGCUCUCUAUCAUCUUUUUUCAAACCGAGUGAGAAUGGCAUGGCGACUGUGUGGUAUCUCAGCAUCACUAGCAAUGGAACUUGGUCUACAUCGACCAGAGACACUUCAAAGAGCACUUCCCAAUGAAAGUGAACGUUCGAAAGCGGUGCGACUAAUGUGGAGUAUUUUCGUUCUUGACCAUGGCUGGAGUGCCGCUCUUGGAUUACCACGGAAUAUGGAUGACGCUGCCCUGGAUAGCACCCAACUUGUGCCACAGGACUCUCCUUAUCUCCGAGCUAUGGCAUCAUACUGCGCCAUCAGUACCAAGAUCGUGAGCGCGACCAGCAAAAUGCCAGUCAGCACGCAGGUCUAUGAAGCAGAGCAGUUCCAAUUUCUCAACUACCAAAUCGAUCGCUGGCAACAAUCUGUGUUAGAAAGCCUUGUGGGCCCGCCAGGGUUGCACAUGAUAGAAAGAGAGCCGCCCGAUUCGGUCAGAACGUUGUUGUAUCUUCGCGCCAACCAAAUGCGUAUUUUGUUGCUUCGGCCACUUUUCUUCUCUGAAAGCGUCGUCAAACCCGACCAAGAGAAGGUCUCAGCGAGUCUGCAAAUAGCUAUCCGCACAAUCUCUGCUAUCCGUGAUCUUAAUGCCACAACCGAGAGUUACCGCAAGCAACACCCAUUCUUCAGUCACUUCCUCACCUCUGCCACAUCAUUAAUCCUUCUCAUCAUUACCUAUCGUGGUCAUCCAGACAAUGCAAGCGAGGGACCUCCGAUAUGUUUGACCCAAGAUGUUUGCAACCCACUCAAAGAAGCGUUGGACCUUAGCUCUGCAUAUUCAUCGUCCUCAAAUUCCUCUGCCCAACUACACCGGCGUCUGCUGUCAAUUGUGGGGCUCUUAUCUCGACUUGGUAUUCUUUCACUUGAUCUCGAAACACAGGACCCUCAGGCUGAGGUACCGUCAAGUUGCGCCUUGCAGAAAUCUUUCGACUCUCCAGCAGUGCCCUAUAUACCAGAGCCUGCAGACCUGGUUCCGCUCAUUUACACGUCACCACCGUUAACCUCUGUCGGAACCAGUUUUCAGCAGCAGGAGUCUAUGCCCGAUCUCGUUCCCUUUUACCAGGAUGACAAUCAGCAAAUGGACGUAUUUCUGAACGGGACAAUUUGGAAUGAGCUGGAUAAACUGUUGACUUCUUGUUUGAAUUCGGUGGAGCCACCUUUGUAUCAGACCGAUGAUGUUAGAGGUGAGUAUACGAUGACGGAAGACGGAUCACUGUGA